AUGCUAGUCCCCCUCACUGCCCUGGCCUUCGCGGCGGGCAUACUUUCCACGCCCUCGCUUGUAGCAGGUCUCUCGCCAGUGGACAUUCCUUCAGACACGCCGCUCUCUGCGCUCCUCACGUCAGCGCAGAGCCACCUUUCGCGAGGCGAAACCAACGAUGCCUUAGUGUAUUACGAUGCCGCCAUUGCGCGGGAUCCUACAAACUACCUGACAUUCUUCAAACGCGCCACCACUUUUCUUUCGCUGGGGCGCACUUCGCAAGCAAACGAAGACUUCAACAAGGUGCUAUCGCUCAAGCCGGGAUUCGAGGGUGCGCAUGCGCAGCUUGGCAAGAUCAAGGCGCGCAGUGCCGAUUGGGAUGCUGCCAAGGAGCACUUCUUAAAGGCAAGAAAAACAGAAGAAAUUGCGGCUUUGGAAGAGGCUAAGGGAGCGGCUACGCUUGCUGAGGCUGCCGUCCAAAGGGGUGACUGGGAUGAAUGCGCCGCUCAGGCAGGCGCUGCAAUAUUGGUCGCGAGCAGGGCGUUGCCGUUGCGGGAGCUGCGUUCCCGGUGUUCUUUUGAACGCGGCAGUGUUGAAGUUGGCAUAAGUGAUUUGCAGCAUGUCCUGCAGAUGAAGCCUGGGGAUACAUCACCUUAUGUUAUAAUCUCCGCCAUCACAUUCUAUGCGCUUGGGGACCUACCCAAUGGCAUGGCGGCCAUUAGAAAGUGUUUGCACUCUGAUCCCGAGUCCAAGGUCUGCAAAAAGCUGCUGAGGGAAGAGAAAGCGGUUGAGAAGGCGAUACUGAAGGUCACCAAGGCUCUCGAAAAGGGCCAACCCAUGAGUGCGAUCCGCCAACUUCUCCCAAGCGCGGAAAGCGAGGGCUUGCUCAAGGUGGCCAAGGAUAACUUGAAAGCUUUACAGGAAGAUGGCACAAUUCCAAAGUCAGUAGGCAACGUUUUGGUAGCCAGAGUCCUGGAGAUGACAUGUCAGGCAUACUACGAAUCCAGCGGCAAAAAGGCAAAAGAGUACUGCGACGAAUCGUUGCAGCUCGACGAGAACUCUUUUUACGGACUGUUGCAGCGUGCCAAAACGCAGCUGGACGCCGAAGAGUUUGAGGCCAGCAUCAACACACUAAAGAAAGCCUUAGAAAACAGGCCAGAGAGGCAGGAAAUCGUCAAUCCGCUCAUGCAAAAGGCUCAGGUUGCCUUAAAACGUAGCAAGACGAAGGACUAUUACAAGGUUCUUGGUGUUGCCCACGACGCCGACGAGAAGCAAAUCAAAUCAGCCUACCGAAAACUGUCUAAACUACACCACCCCGAUAAGACCACCAGGCAAGGUAUGUCGAAGGAAGAAGCCGAGAAAAAGAUGGCGAGCAUCAACGAAGCAUACGAGGUGCUAAGCGACCCGGAACUCCGUGCACGCUUUGACCGAGGAGACGAUCCCAACUCUCACGAGCAGCCCCAGUUCCAACAAGGCCACCCAUUUGGCCAUGGCCAGCCGUUCAUGUUUCAGCAGGGCGGUCCUGGCGGUGGCGGAUUCGAAUUCAGGUGGGGUGGUGGCUCUCCGUUUGGCUAA